AUGAUCUUUGUUCCAAGUGCGCUCGAUUGUCUCUUUGCUUGUGAAUAUCUAGAGAUUGUACAAACCUCUUCUAUUACUAGCUAUCUCAGCUCAAAAUAUGAGGUUGAAGAACGCGUAUUGAAAGCUAUCCGCGCAUGGGAUCGGUUUCCAGCUGACAAGGAAACGAUGCUCAAACUUGAAGCCGAUUUUAGCAAAGAUCUUGGAUUCGACUCUUUGGAUCAGGUGGAGAUAAUGAUGGCAGUGGAAGACGAAUUUGGCUUUGAAAUUCCUUUGGAAGACUCAGAAAAGUUGAAAACACCACGCGAUGUUUUCAAGUACAUUUGUGAGCGAGAAGACGUAUAUGAGUGA